AGUACUGGCCAUGUUAUUUCGGCAAAAUGUGGAGGAUGGUGUGGUCAUUGUGGACCUGAAGGUGAUCUCCAGUUAACGCAAGAUGAGUGUCUAAGACAGGAAGAUCCUUGCAAAGCAACUCGUUGUCCUUAUUAUUCAAUCUGUUUACCACAUCCUGGCUCUGAGCUGGGAUACAAGUGUGUUUGUCCAAGCGCUUGUUCUCAAGCGAUUUCGCAAGUUUGCGGGAGUGAUGGUCGAACCUAUGAUAAUGAAUGCUUGAUGCAACAAACAGCUUGCUCUAGUAAAACUAUGAUCACACUGGUUAAGCUCGGAACUUGUGUCAGUGGUCAUUCUGUUGACAUGGUUUAUUUGACGGAUUUCAGUGGAGAACAAAGACAAGCAAUGCUGACAAAAACAUACACUUUCUUUCAAAACUUAUUGAACUUUUUUGACUUUUCCUCGUCCCGAAGUCGACUGGGGGUUGUGAAGUACAGCUCCAGCCAUUCCUGGGUAAGAAUGUUUACCAAUGGUCAAGAUCUCGCAAGCUUACGAUCUUUUAUUCAAAAUACACCAAACAAUCCAUAUCGCAAGCCGUUGGAAACAAUCUUAUCAGAGUUACACGGAAAUUUUACGACAAUGCUAAGCAACGGGUAUCCACGCUCAGCCAUACCAAAAGUAUUGAUCGUUGCCAGCGAUGGACGAUCAAUCGUGGAUCGCCAACAGUUUGAACAAGCAGCAAAAGCCUUAAAAGAUCUUGGGGUGAUGAUUGUGAUAUUUGGUGUUGGGGGUAGAAGUUAUUUUGAUAAGAUGAGUCCGGCUGCUUCAAGUGAUAGGUACAGAUUCUGGGCAAGGUACGAAAUACAAGUCCCAUUGGAGACAGCAAAUGUUGCAAACGCUAUUAUCUUAGGUUUACAGAGCUGUCAAUGGAUGAGAUGUCAGUAUCACAGUUAUUGUAUUCAACAUCGUAUUGGGCGAGCCGAGUGUGUUUGUCCACUGGCAGGUGACCACGUCGAUCCUGUGUGUGGAAGCAAUGGUAAAACAUACAUCAAUAAUGAAGUUCUUAUUCAAGACUCGUGUCGUAGAAAGACGUUUAUUACGUCACAACGAGGAGCUUGUGUUGUAGGCGCUUGCAGAAGUUUCACUUGCAACCACUAUUCAUUCUGUGAACUAAACAGCGUACGUGUUCCGAAAUGCGUGUGCCCGACCUCGUGCAGUUCACGACUAGAGCUUGUCUGCGGCAGUAAUGGACAAGUUUAUGAGAAUGAAUGCGCGUUACGAAGAUGGUCAUGUCAGAAUCAGCUUUACGUCACCGUCGCUUAUACAGGACCUUGUAAAUCGGGUCCAAUCGACGUUGUUUUUGCUAUUGACGGCUCCAGUAAAACAGAUCCAAGUCGUUUCGUACAAAUGAAGAACUUCCUAAGAAGCAUCGUCUCUUAUUUGCCUUUAUCAAGAUCGGAAGUCAAUGUCGGCGUCGUGGAAUACAGCGAUAAACAGUACGAAGAGAUUAAACUAAAUGAAUACUACAACAUGGAGUCUCUACGCGAGGCAAUACGAUUAAUAAAACCUAGCGAAGGUGCCACCUCAAGAAUAGGAGAAGUCAUCAAAUUCGUGCGAGAACAGAUUUUCCUUCGAGAUGAAUCAAGUCGUAGCGGUGUUAGGAAAGUUUUAGUCAUUUUGACAGACGGUAAUGAGUAUACUGAAGACAACCCACAAUCUGAAGCAGAUUUGAUAAUGAAAUCUGGCGUGAGAGUACUUGGUGUAGCUGUUGGUAACCAACCAAAUUUAAAGAGUUUCAGUAGAGUUAUUAGUCCAACUGAAAAUCUCUAUGCAGUCAAUCAAGCUGGUAGUUUGGGUCGGCUCGUUCCCUCUGUUGCAAGAGAUAUUUUGAGAAUUACCAAAGCUGCGUCGGGUUCUCUUCUGGAUAUUGCGUUUAUUGUUGAUGGUUCCGGUGACAGCAGUCCUCAAUUUGAAGACAUCAAAUACCUCGUGAAAACAUUUGUGUCUACACUGGACGUCGGCAGUGACAAAGAUCAUGUUGGUAUUGUUGAAUACGGAAAUACAGCAAGAAUAGUUCUACCUUUUGAUUGGCUGAAUAAUGUCCAGUCAAUCAAUCAGUUUAUUGACGGUAUCCGAUAUAGCGGUGGCUCGCCGAGACUCGACCGAGCUCUUGCAAAGACCAGAGAAUUAUUCAAGAUUGAGAGAGGGUAUCGUCCUGGAGUAAGUAAGGUUGCAGUGUUGGUGGCGAAUAGCCAGUUUGAUGGCCAAGACACUGCUUUACAGCAGGCAGUGCAGGAACUAAGAAGAGAUGGUAUAAGGUUGUAUGUUAUUGGUUCCAACAAGCCAGAUGAGAAUCGCUUACAAACACAG